UUUCGAUGCGUCGAAGAAAUGUUAAUGGAAUACCUAUAGCAGCUCCAAUUGUUACAAGUACAAAUCUUACGCACGAAGAAAUGAUGAGUUUGAGAAUGCCAUACGUAGACAGUGUAUCCAAAACAAACUAUCGGGAGCUUGGUGCAGUAUUUGAGUUUAUGAACGCGACCAGAGUUUCACUGUUUACAGACACAUGGGGUUAUUAUAAGAACGGUUCGUACAAUGGCAUGGUUGGACAUUUAAUUAAUGGAGAAGCUGAACUUGCUGGGUCUCUGGGAAGAACCGUAAUGUUCAUUCUGUUCUUCGCUUUUGUGUUAAUAUACACCUCGUAUUCUGCGAACAUUGUGGCUCUAUUGCAAUCCAAAUCAAACCAGAUAAAAACAUUGUCGGACUUGUUAAACUCUAAACUUGAAGUGGGCGUGGAGGAUACUUCAUAUAAUCGAUAUUUCUUGUCAGUAAAAACAGAACCUGUGAGAAAAGCAAUGUAUGAGACAAAAGUGGCACCACCUGGAAAAAAGCCGAACUUCUUCAGUUUAGAAGAGGGAGUAAAGAAAAUGCAAUCGAAACCUUUUGCCUUUAACAUGAACCUAGGUAUUGGCUAUAGAAUGGUUGAGGCAUAUUUUCGCGAGGACGAAAAAUGUGGACUACAGGAAAUUCAAUUUCUGCUGCAAGCCGUCGCAUGGCAAACCUGCCGAAAGAACUCUGCAUAUAAAGAAAUUUUCAAGAUUGGGCUUUACAGAAACCAAGAGUUUGGCUUCAAUGAUCAUGCAAAUCGACUGAUUUAUAGAAAGAAACCUACGUGUGCUUUCACUGGAAGCAGCUUUGACUCCGUUAACAUGAUCGACUUUUAUCCAGUACUUCUACUCCUUGCCUACGGAAUAUUUUUAGCCAUUAUUAUAUUGUUUCUUGAACUGUUAUAUAAACGUAACCGUAAUAAGAAUUAA